AUGCCAUCCCCAUCCAUCACCGCAGUGACCUCCCUCUCCCAAUUCCAGACCAUCCUUUCCGGAUCGACCUAUGUCGUAGCCGACUUCUUCGCAACCUGGUGCGGGCCCUGUAAAGUGAUUGCUCCUGUCUUCGAGCAACUCGCCACGCAAGAGGGGAAGAAGGGGAAUCUUGCGUUCGUCAAGGUGGACGUUGACCAGUGUCAGGAGAUUGCUCAGAAAUAUGGCGUGUCAGCAAUGCCCACCUUCCUAGUAUUUCGAAACUCCACGGUGACGCAGACUAUUCGAGGCGCCGACGCCGCUGCUCUGCGUGCAGCUGUUCGCGCAGCGGCGCAGAGUGCAGGAAAGGCUUCGGGAGCUGCUUUCACAUCGAAAGGACACGUCCUCGGGUCCGGCUCGACUACACGACCUGCCACCCGAUCUAGUAUCGGUGGUUCCUUGACUGGGUUACUUCCCGGCGGCGGGCUGAUAGAUACCGUGGUGAGGUUCGUGGCCUUAUAUGUCACGAGCUUAUUUUCUUUCGAUUCAUAUCGAGCGGCAGAACUGAGCCCUUUUGCACUCCGAUCGGAGGGCGGACGUUCAGUGAACACAUUGUACGGGAGGCGGUAG